UUGGGCUGCUCCACCCUCACUUUGUGUCAGCAGAGCUCAGCAGGUAGAAAGCCUCGGACGUCCCAAGGGAGGGAGGAGGGAAGGAGGCAGGCGGAGAGCACAAGCGGCAAACCACAGGGCUCUUUUCCCUUCCUUCCUUCCUUUCUUUCCCCUUCUCCUUGAUCCAGCCGUGCUUUUCUUCCCUCUCCUGGAAAGAAACCUUUUUCCCAAGUCCACUCCACCACCUCUCCUUAAGGCUUGGAGUCCUUUCUGGCUCCCUUUGGGCUCUUUUUCGACACGCAGACUUCCUCGGAUCUGCUCGGCCUCAGGAGGAGUUUUCAGCAAAGUUCUAGCCAGUCUUUUUUUAGGCUGCUUUUUUGGAAGUUGGGUCUCAGCCACGCCUCGCUCGCCAGCCAACCAGCCAGAGUCACUUUUUCCUUUGGAUCCAGACAGAGGAAUUUCACAUUUACCUGUAUGCUGCGGGUAAGAUCCAGUGCACAUUUCAGCCGGACGCAACAGUAGCCUUUUUUGUGUGUCCGUAGUAAAGUUUCCAGCUGUUACUUAUUCCCUGCGGAUUGAUUCCUCCAUACCAGCUUUGCAUGUGGCUCCAGACUUGCUUUUCCUUUUCUCGAUUGAUGCCUGCGACCUUUCUACGGUCACCAAGAUUUCCUGCGGAGCAUAUUUCUUUUUUAUUGUCUCGGAUGUCUUCGUCUCUUGUUUUCACUAGGGCAUGUCUCAAAGAGGAUAUAUUAAUUCCGACGGCUUGCACAGGCAUGGAAUAAAAAGCACACACGCAUACACACACACAGGUGUCUGUUUGCAGUUGUUUUUCCUGUUUCGGAGCUUUUUGAAAACUUUCGAACAGUGGAAAAAAAAUCGUUUUUCUAUGUGAGCUGCCAACACACUAUUAAGAGGUUCAAUGAAGAUCCGAAAAUUCAUCUGAGAACUAUAUUUUUUCCUAUGUGAGCUGCCGACACGCUAUUAAAAAGUCAAUCAAGAUCCAAAAGAAUCAUCCGAGAACUAUAUUUUUUCCUAUGUGAACUGCAGACACGCUAUUAAAAAGUCAACCAAGAUCCGAAGGAAUAAUCUGAGAACUAUAUUUUUUCCUAUGUGAGCUGCUGACACGCUAUUAAAAAGUCAGUGAGGAUCCGAAAAAAUAAUCCAAGAACUGUAUUUUUUCCUAUGUGAGCUGCCGACACGCUAUUAAAAAGUCAACCAAGAUCUGAAAGAAUCAUCCGAGAACUGUAUUUUUCCCUAUGUGAGCUGCCGACACGCUAUUAAAAAGUCACUGAAGAUCCCAAGCUCGGAAAAUGAGAAGUCAGUGCUGGAUACAUCAAGAAGACACAAAUGACAAUUGAACCGAAAUGGGUUGGAGGUUCCAAUGUUUACAUGGAAGACUUCUUUGAAUGUUGAAAGGAGUUAGACUCGACGGAAUCGCAUCCAAGAGACAAGCAGUGGGCCAGAAGUCAACCAAGGCUCCUCAGGCCACUUGAUGUGGGGUCAUUAAGCGCCUCGACGGGUCGGACUGUCUUCGAUGGGGAGCGGUCUCAUUCCCAGCCCACCUUUUGACACUCUUAGAAGGAUUCAAGGCGUCUUUCCUCAUUGUGGCAUUCAUGCCCCCGUGGUUUGGGCCACUCCUUUGGAAGAGGACCCCGUUCAGGGCACUUGGAGCUCACCUUGGGAAGCCCAAGGCCCUGAGCGACUCACCACACGUGGCAUGAAGGAACCCAAAGCUGAGGGCUUCUGAACCUCGGAGACAUUCCUGAGCACUCACUAUGUGCGGCCAGAGCGCACCGCUGCAGCUGGGAGUAUGAGUGCUGGCCCCCAGCUACAGCUGGCAGUCCUCUGGCCUUGGCUCUCCUUCUUCUUGUUGUGCUUCACGCUGCAAGGGCAGCUGGGCUACUCGGGACAGGCCCUGGCGGCGGCCAUGGAGCCCGAGCGGUCCUCCCUGGCCCAGAAGGCCCUCAUCCGCGUGGUCCCACUCAAGCUGGAGCCCCUCACCCUGGAAGGGGUCUUCGCCGGCGUGGCCGAGGUCACCCCGGCUGAAGGGAAGCUGCUGCAGUUCCACCCUUUGUCUCUCUGCAACACCAGCGAGGAUGAGCACACCGUCCCUGGAUUUGUCUCUAUUGUCAAGCUGGAGCGGCCUGAGAGGGACCUCCGGCCCUGCCUUUCGUUGGCCAACAAGGCCAAACUGGCGGGAGAGAGGGGAGCACGGGCCGUUCUCUUUGACAUUACAGACGACCAGACCGCCGCUGACCAGCUGAGGAAGCCCCGUGGCCUCAGCCACCCAGUGGUUCUGAUCUGGGGCCACGAUGCCGAACUCCUGAUGGGAGUGGUCAACAAUAACCGGGAGGCGCAUGUGAAGAUCGAAGUGAAGGAGAUGCCGGCUUGGUCCAACUAUGACCUCUGGAUACUCCUUACAGUAGUCAGCACAGUCCUGGUCAUCGUUCUGAUCUUCAUCGUCCGCACUCGUUGCCAAUCAAGGAGGAACCAGGCCCACGUUCAAGAAGAGACCCUCCAGGCCAUCAACCAACUGGCCACCCGGAGGUACCAGACUCGCCGUCGUCGUCCUGGGGCUCCCAAUGGAGAUACGGCCAGCUCCUGCAGUUCUACCCCUGUCUGCGCCAUCUGCUUGGAAGAGUUCAGCGAAGGACAGGAACUUCGGAUCAUCACCUGCUUCCAUGAGUUCCAUCGGUGCUGUGUGGAUCCGUGGCUACAGGAGCACCAAACGUGUCCGCUAUGCAUGUUCAACAUUGUCGACCAAGCGCCCAUUGCUUUACCGGUGCAUCCACAGGAGGAUCCGCAUCGCCAAGGAGCCGGGCAGAGGCCUCGCUUCUUCCAGCAACAUCCGGGGCAUGCCGUGUAUCGCUUUCCUCCAGAAAACUGCUCUUCCACGCUUCCCCAGGGCCACCCGUUCUUCCACUCUCCAGAACUUUCCCAGCUGGACUUAGGGACUAUGCAUUACUUGCCCUACAGGUGUGGCCUCCAGCCUCCUCUUGCCCGAAGCCAAUUGGUCCCCCAGUCACAGGAGCCUUUGGUGUGCGAGCGGCAGCAGGCAUUCGCCUCCCGUAACGGCAGAGCCUGCUUACUUCCGCACCCAUCUGCUUGCCGCCAGGGUCUCCGGGGAACUCUUGCUGCCAAAGCGAAUCGUACCACGGCGCUCCAUCGAGGAAUCCGCCAAGGGAGACAUCAUUACUACCAUCACCACCACCACCACCAUCACAGCAGCGGCUCAGGGGAGAGUUAUCUCACAGAGCCGAGUGGCUACCUUCCUGACGGGCCCGGUAGCGACUCCAGUUCAGGGCCUUGCCACGGUUCCUCCAGCGACUCCAUCUUGAAUUGCACUGACGUUAGCUUGACAGCCAUCCAUGGCAGCUGCUCCACUUUCCGUAGUUCGCUGAGCAGCGAUUAUGAUCCAUUUGCCUUCUGUGGUUCAGAGAAGGCAGCAGCGCAAAACAGAGCCGAGCCAAGUCCUUCGUGGAAGGACCCAAGGCCGCGCUCAGUAGACUCUGCAAUGGCGAGCAGAGCCCAGCUGGCCAGCAGUCAUGUUGUCCACUACCACCACCACCAUCACAGGCACCACCAUUAUGGACGGAGCCCGCCAUCGGACUGUCGGAGCAGCAAAUCAGGCCAUGAACCCAGCCAACGCAAGGCCAAAUAUUCCCGGUCCAAAGUGCAAAAGAAGUCAGAGAAGAUCCAGCUGCUUGAAGCUGAUGCCUUCCAAACUGGACCAUCUGCAUCUUUGACUGAAGAACAGCAAGUGUUCCCUUUCAUAGCUCAGUCUGACUUUGGCACAGAGUCCGAAGCUGUUGGGUUGUGGACGUCUCAGAAACAUUACCUGCAUAUCCAUCCCAGUCGGAGGAGAUGGAAAUGCCCCCUCGACAAUUCCCAGCUUUCUUUCUCUCAAGACUCCAAUGUACCCCUAGAUAUUAAUACCCCCAGUCCUUCUGGUCCCAACAACUGCUGCUCAAUAGAGGUCCAACCUCUCCUGGCGAGCAGUGCCUCUGCGGAUUGUUCCAGGGCCUCCACCCAGGUUUUGCCAUGCUCUGUUAUGGAGCUUCAGACAGAAAGGGACGGAUUGGAGCUAUUGGACUCUGAGGCCAUGACUUCUGGGAAAUGUACAGAGAUGGAUACCAGUGCUUACCUCAAUGACCAAUCACAGCAAGAUCUUCAGGGACCCAAUGAGGCCACCCCAGAUGUGUACGAGCAUUCAGUGUGACAGGAAGUGGAAUGUGCCUGCUGUGACGGAGCAUAGCCAGAAGAGAACUUUUAACAGUUCAGAAAGCUAGGGAGUGUGGACUUUAUCGCAAGCCCUCAACCCAGCCUUGGAUUCCUAUCCAAACAGUGUGUUUUCCAACUUCACGGCUACUUGAACAGCUCCUUUGCCCGCCAAAGCCAUCACACCCGUGCCAAACAUAAUCUGCCCAUCUUGCACGUGGCCAUCUUACAUGCCUGGGAUGGAGGGUACUGUGUCGUUCCUUUUUUAAAUGAGAGGAGGGGAAUCACUCACAUUUCUAGGACAGGAAAUAAUCUCCCACUGUACCCCAAGGUGCUCUUUCCAUCUUUGCUAUAGCGGUUCCCUACGAGCAUGGAAAUGCUUGUCCAAGUGCCUUAGAUCCCUGGAUGUUUACAUUUCCACAAUAUCAUUGGUUCCAUCCCACCACACCUCACCUCCAUAAGAGCCACCUUGGACCCAACUGCCUUGGAAAGUUGUCCUUGCUAAUAGUUUAAGAGCAAACAAGAAGGGGAGAAGUUCACGCAGUCGCAUACAUCAUUUCCCCCAAACUCACCUUUCCCCUUGCUCCUGGGCGGGUGGGGGAGAUGUAAUGGAAGGAUCCCAGGCCUUUGGGAUCAUGUUCAACUCUUGCCAGGGCAACUAGCCCAAUCUCUUUGCUUGCGGUGCAACUAACCGGAUUCUUGGGAUUUUUUUUUUUUACAAUCCUGGUUACAUGUAGCUAUGUCUCUCCCCUAAACCCCCUUGAAAAAUGAAGCAAAGCCCAAUGGGACUGUAUCUCAACUCCUAACCCUCACAGUCACAAUAAGCUAGUAGGUUCUUUUAGAUCAGUGGUUCCCAACCUUUUUGUUCUUUCAGCUGUAGUGUUCCCUC